UCUAGCAGAGAGCCACUGCACCGUUGUUACCGGGUUCAUUCAUCCCGCCCCCCACCACCACCACAACAAUCCUCUAUCCCCACUCACACUUCUUAUUCUUCCUUUCAUUUUUUCUCUCUCAUAAAGGUGGCCUUUUUGUUAAGGAAAGCUGCUCCCCAUGUUGGGCCGGUCGCAGCCUCCCUUGUCCCAGCAGCAGCAGCAAGUGCAAAGGGCUCAGACACAGCAAGGAGUGCCUAAAGAAAGAAUAUCCAGCCAAAGACAUCCAUCCACCCAGCCGCGACUCGCUCCUCCGCCUGCCCAGGCUAAGAGCACCACCCCGGUGCCCACGACGAAGACCACCAGCGGCGGCACGCGUCCCGUCUUCGUGAACCUGCGGCGCAAGUGGCUGGUGACCGCGGCCGUGGGCGUGGUGAUGGUGCUGGUGCUGCUCAUCGCCAUCCCCGUGCUCGUCUACUCCAAGCACGCCGCCGUCACGCACGAGAUGCUGGGCACCUGCCGCAUGGUGUGCGACCCCUACCUGCACGGACGCGACAACGCCGACGGUUCGGCCGACUCCUCGGGCGCUGCCGCCGCCGCCGCCGCCUCCUCCUCGUCCUCGUCGUCCUUCACCCCGCCCACCACCAUGCAGCUGUCGCAGGGACACAAGGGGGAACUGGGACGCUUGGGGCGGCCGGGCCCCCGGGGUCCGCCCGGAGAGCCGGGUCCCCCGGGUGCCCGGGGACCCCAGGGCGAGAAGGGGGACGCCGGGAGGCCCGGCAUCCCGGGCCACGCGCUGGGGGGCGCCGGGUCGAGCCAGGGGGCGGGCGGCGCGGUCAGCGUGCCCACCUACUACUCGGCGCCCAAGAUCGCGUUCUACGCGGGGCUGCGCAACCCGCACGAGGGCUACGAGGUGCUGCACUUCGACGACGUCGUCACCAACCUGGGCAACCACUACGACCCGGGCAGCGGCAAGUUCACGUGCUCCAUCUCGGGGACGUACUUCUUCACCUACCACGUGCUCAUGCGGGGAGGCGACGGCACCAGCAUGUGGGCCGACCUUUGCAAGAACGGGCAGGUGCGUGCGAGCUCCAUCGCGCAGGACGCUGACCAGAACUACGACUACGCCAGCAACUCGGUGAUCCUGCACCUGGACGCGGGCGACGAGGUCUACGUGAAGCUGGACGGCGGCAAGGCGCACGGGGGCAACACCAACAAGUACUCCACCUUUUCAGGCUUCAUCAUCUACGCGGACUGAGCCGGCGGAGGGGGGCCGGGCAGGGAGAACUACAGCCCGAACACCCCCCAUGCCCCCCCACCCACCACCCCCCGCACCGCUCCUGUCCCAACGCAAACCUCGCCAUCGGAGCCGUCCAAAAACAAAGAAAAC